AUUGCAGCUCCCCUUACCCAUCAAAAGUUUGCCUGAGGCCAUCUCGUGCAUCUCGUUGUUUUUCUCGUUUCGUUUCUUGAGAGGCUCAGGCCAACCCACACGCGAAUUUUGGGCAGAGUAAAAUCGCCUAAGUCGCCUUCACCAUGGCUGAUUUGCAAGAGCUCCUUCAGCGGCUCAAUGGUGGCGGCGCUUCUGGUGGCAACCACCAUCAACUACCCUCCAGCCAACAACAGCACCCUCAUUACCAGCAACCCUCAGUCUCUUCGCCAAUCUUCUCGCCAGCACCGAGUGGGCCGACACCACACCAUCCUUCCCACAUCAUGUCGCCCAACGUGCUAUCGUCUGCGAACACGCCUGCGCCUGAACAAGGCGCUGGGCCCGUGCCUCAGCAGACGCCACAACAGCAGUCGGCCAAUUUGCUAAACCUGCUGCGCUUCAACGCCCAACCGGGUCUCGGUCAGCGCAGUGUCUCGCAGCAGCCACAGCAGCAGCAGGCACCCGUGGUCCCAGCUCACGGUCGCACUGUCUCAGCCUCGGACUUUGUCGCUGGCUUCAUGGGCAACAGGUCGGGCUCGCAGGGCUCUGUCCCUGCAGUCCCCUCUGGCGUGCAGUCUUCUUCCCCAGCUGCAGCGUCUGAGAACCCUCAGGAUUUGCUUCUGCGCCUGCUGAACCACCCUAAGCCAUCGCAGUCCCCCGCCCGCUCGUCGCAUGCCUCGGCUGCCGCCUUUUCUCCGCCAGUUCUUUCCCACAUGCCUGAGACGGCUGUGGAUGAUCUUGCGCAAGAUCUGGCCGAUGCAGCUUUGGAGAGCGUCGCAGCUGACCCCUCAGGCAGUGCCGCAGCUUCACCCAUGAGAGCCUUUGGCAACGAUGGCACUGGCAAUGCUCUUCGCGCCCAGCCAGAAGCCGCAUCGCUGGCACCGAAGUUUACCUACGUUAAUCCGUUUGAUCAACUCGCAGCCGCCAGCCCCCGCAAUCGUACACCCGUCGCCGAAGGUUCCCGCGCUCCGGCACCAAAGGUCGAGAUCCUGAAGCCUAGCAACGUCCUUGAGGCUGCUGCUGCUGCUGCCGCCGAAGAAGCUCCCACUCACUCGCAUGAAACUGUGGCUGAGGCUGUGAGCGAUCUGGGCGAGCAGGUCAACCAGCAGAUCGAGGAAGCACUUGCCGAAGCUGAGGGCAAGUCUACCGCUCAGAUCGAGGAGGAGCUCAACAACGUCACAGCGGACGACAUCCAGGAGAUUGAGGAAACAAUGGGUGAUAUUGCUGCCAAGAUCACCAAAGAGGUCGAGGAGGAGGGCAAUAAGAAGGAGCUCGAGCAGUCUGUGCCCAAGCCCCUUGCUGCUGCUUUGCAGCAGGUAGCAGCUGAGGUUGCCGAUGCUGAUGUUGUCGAGAACUGGGAGACGGCUGAGGCUGAGGAGAGUCUCGCAAAGGGCGAGGACCAGACGGUAAUAGUCUACAGAUUCCCCAUGCGCGCCUUCGCCUCCAUCACGGUCAAGGACAUGCCUCCCCGUCGUCUCUUCUUCCAGCCUGAGCUGUUCAUGGACAUCGCCAGGAUCAAGAAGGACUUUGAUCAGAUCGACCGUUCGCUGGUCUCAGCCAGCAAGAACUUCAUCGUGUACACACUCACUAAGAAGGGCGGCUUCCGCAUCAUUCGCCAAGAGAAUGGCGUCUACCGACAGGUCUUCGAGAACCACCAGGAACGCAUCUUCAACAUCGCUCUUUGCAACGCUGGAGAAGACACUCAGCAGUCUCUCGAGAGCAUUCUCAGUAUUGGCGUCAAUGGCACUGUCUUUUGGACAUCCAUUGAUCCCAGUCGCGAGGAUCAGUUUGGCGAGAACCUCGACUCACAGGGACUUCUACUUCCCCCCUCGCCAUCGCAGGAUGACAAUACAUCUGGUGGUCAGCUGAAGACCCGCGCCAAGCCAUCUUCGCGUCACCCCGAAUUCUUCGCUGUCGGUCGUGGCAAGUCUAUCCACAUCGUCUUCCCUCGCGUCGCGGCCACCUACGUUCGCCAGAAGUCCCGCAUCUGCCACACUGAGAAGUACCUCAAGGAGCGCUCGCUUAAAAUCCUUACUGGUAAGGCCGGCAAGGACUUCACGUUCAGUGAGGAUGACACUGUUAUCGUUUCUCUCGACAAGGCUGGACGCAUGCGCUUCUGGGAUAUUCGUACCCUUACCGAUCCUGAACUCGGCAUCCCAGAAAGCGCGCCUAAGAAUAUCGAAGUCUCGGACACUUUGCUCGAGUUUCACACCACCACACCGAACGCCAAGUCGUGGCCCACUUCUGUCUUCUUCUUUGACAAAGAUAAGCCGUAUACUAAGGGUAUCGCGCUGCGAUAUGUCAUGGUUGGCAUGAAACAGAACCACUCCUUCCAGCUGUGGGACCUUGGACUUUGCAAGGCUGUACAGGAGAUCAACCUUCCACAUGGCAACGAGUCCGAUGCUAUCUGCAGCGUCUCAUUCCACCCAAAGACUGGUAUCAUGGCCGUCGCUCAUCCUACGCGUAACUCGAUCUUCUUCGUGCACGUCUCGUGCCCUAGGUACAACUUGCCUUUGCAGAGCCAGGCCGAGUAUAUAUCUCGUCUUGCGAACAAGGGCGCGCUGCCUCCUGUCAAUGCAACUGCUAUCAUGACGAGCAUCACUGAGUACUCGUUCGCUUCCAAGGGUCAGAUCAGGAGCCUUCAUAUGCUUAACGAGCCUGCUGGACCUGUUGACGCUGACGAUCCGGACAACGCUGCCUUAUUUGAGUUGUACGUAAUGCAUUCCAAGGGCGUAUGUGUUUUGCGCAUCCGCCGUAGCGACCUGGGAUGGAAGAAGGAGAUUGGCGAGCCUCUUCACUCUAAGGAUGCCGAAAAGGAGGGCAUCAUCUCUAUCUCCCAGCUCAAGCCACCUGCGCCUGUCACAGUCACUGGUGACGAGUCUUCUACUGCUGGCGAUAUACCUACUGCCCCCAGGUCGGUAUCUGACCGCUCGGUUCGCGAGAGUGCGAAGAAGGAGAGUAGCAACGUCUCCAGGCAGUCUAUGACGCCGGAGGCUGCAAUGCGCGCUUCUACCCUUGCUAAGGUCGAGAGUAAGCAAGACGCUGCUCGUGCUGCCAUCAUCAACGGCGGUGCUGCCGAGAAGUCGGAAAAGAAGAAGAAGAAGCGCUCGACUGCCGAGACUGCUUCCCAGGCUUCGACAUCCACACGUGCACCUCCGUCAUCCUACGCGCAGAUUGUUCAGGCACCCGCUCAAGCAAAGUCUCCAGCGCCUGAGCCGACCCCUGUGUCUACUCCGGCUGCGGCCACCCCUGUGCUGGCUGCCGAGCCAUCAUCCGCAAAGGCUUCCGAUGCUGAGGUCCCCGAGUGGGCCAAGCAGCUCAUGGGCAAGUACAUGCAGCAGUCCGCGGCGGCUCCCGCGCCUGUGCCUGCCGCUGCACCAGUUGAUCUCGAUGAGAAGAAGCUUGAGCAGGUUAUCUCAUCCGAGAUCACUAAGGGCUUCUCUCGCGAGUUGGACGUCAUGUACAAGCGAUUCGAUGAAGACAAGCGUGUCAUGAACGCGGCCAAUGGAGCCAAGCAGGAGGCCAUCCUUCGUCUUGUGUCCAGCACCUUGACCGAGAAUGUCGAGAGCGUUAUCCGUAAGAUGGUCGAUGAGAACAUGCGCAAUGUUCUGCUGCCUGAGGUCCUUGCAAAGACCUCUUCGACACUCGAGCAGAGCAUCGGCAGCAAUCUCAAGACCGCUCUUGGACCUCAGCUAUCCAAGGAGAUCCCCGAUGCUGUCUCUCGAGCUUUGAAGGCUCCUCAGCUCUUCCAGUCACUGUCCGACCAGGUCGCCAAGAAGGUCUCCAGUGGCUUCGAGCCCAUGGUCGUCGCUUCUGUUGGAUCUGUCGUCACUCCCGCCAUUGCCAAAUUGACCAACACGGUCGAGCAACAGAUCGGCGAGCAGCUUCGCCAGUCGCUGGUCCAGCAACGAGAGGACGCAGCGAAGAUCACGCAACUCACUGACACCGUGCACACUUGCCUCGAGACGAUCCAGUCGAUGGUUGCGACCCAGUCUGAGCUUCAGGCUCAGGUUGCCAAACUUCAGCAAGCUAUCGCCCAGCCACCCCCUCAGGCGCCCACUCCCAGGAAGGAGGUCGCACCCCCCGUCAACCAGAAGACACCUGAGGAGCUGGAGAUCGAAUCGAUCACGAAGCUCUUGACCGAGGGCAACUACGAGCAGGGUACCAUGCAGUGGCUGCAGUCACCUCGUACAGAUGAGCUCUUCGAUGCUAUCUUCGUUCGCUGCAACCCUGGGUACCUGAGGCAAGUUAGUCCCUUGCUUGUCCUGUCGACCGGUGCAGUCGUCUCUGAGCCACUGGACCGCAACCUGCCAGAACGCUUGGCAUGGCUCGAUGCUGUUUUACAGAGCGUCAACCCUCAUGACAACGAAAUUCGCGACAUCGUCCCCAAGAUCAUGGACGUGAUGAUCCAGCGCUUGACCGCCAAGUACAUCGAUUUGAACGAGGGCACACCCGGCAACCCCCUUCUUCGCCGCAUCUCGGCUCUCGUCAGCCGCUGCAACGAUAUGACCCGUGCUUCUCGUGGCUGAGAGACAAUGCCUUGACAUGGACUAUGUGAGCCAGGGUGCGAUCUUGCGCUGAAAUGCCUUGAUCGUGCAACUGAGCCUCCAUCGUGCACUGCCCAGUCUGUCUCUCUGUUCACAGUGCACGCCUCUGUUGGAAACCUGAGGAUCUUGUGAAAGGCGUAUGGAGUUUGCAUGCAUUUGUUUCAUCCUUGGCGAACGCACGAUCAUGUAUAGGUAGAUAGCAUCGAUAGGCACAUCUGUCCAUCAUCGACAUUUACACGGUUGGGAAAUUGGCGCCUAUGUUUUGAUGGUGCUGGAAUGCCCAUCGUCUCCUACGGCGUUAACAAUUUAACUCGUAGUUUGUGGGUGGGAUGGGAGGAUGGCUUCAUGGGUGCAUCUGGACAGCGACUUCGAGUUGCCUUCAGUAGAAAAAGUCUGGCAUGUGCAUAGCGUAGUUGAGCGACGUAGUACGAUAAUGAUCAAGGAGUUAG